UCCGCUGCCUGUCAGAGGGGAAUUUUCCACCAUCAGAGGAGGGUGUGCUCCGUACUCUCUUGCCUCCACUCCCCUGUUUGUGAUAUCAUCUUACCUGCUGCUUGGGUUUUUCGUUUGAGAAAAAAAUACGUGGAUCGUGUUCUUUCAGCUGAGCAAGUUGUGGCAGCAACCUACAGCAGAAAAUUGUGAGCAUCACCUGAACAAAGUUUCCAUCACUGAUUUUCCAAGAAGCUGUGAUCAAAAUUUUAGGUCCCACAUGAGAAGACCAAGAAUUCCCUCAACAGGUGAGACUGGACUGGGGCGAGCGGUAACCUAGUCCCCAUAUCCCCUGCAUGUUGUAUGGCAGGUGCUUGAACUCCAGAGAACAGCCAAGGUUGCAGAGCUGAGCUGAUCCCACUGCUCUUCUACGAAUCUGCCAAUUAUGAUCCAUCACAACCUACUGAUAUCCAACCGGUUCAUCGCAGUUGUUGUUGUCCAGGAGAGACCAACCCAGAUCUUACCAGCGGAAUAACUACAGUCUGAUUAUUACCACCAUGAGCUACAAUAAUAAGUCUAGACCGGUGAUGAACAUCAAGUACGGUCAGGUGCAGCAAAGUGACUUACAACCCAGGCCGCCACAACACUCCUUCGAAACCCAACGUCGUACCACUAGCCAGAACAACAAAAUGUCUGCAAAAGCUAACCUCGAGAGCGACCCUCUCCUUGACCACUUCUACAACAUGAACUUCGGCCGUGCCCAGUGGUACGUCUACACCCUCUCAUGGAUUGCCGCCGUAAUAUCUGCCCCCGUUUACGUCGACUCCAUUUUCCUCAUAAGGAUACUCCCACAUAGGUGUGUGGUCCCAUCCUGCGAUAACAACAGUACUCAGUUCAAUGAGACUUUCGUUGACUGGGCCAUUCCUGAAGGCGACCAGUGCCAUGUUAAAGUCAGGAAGAAUGACACAGAUCGGUGUACAGAGGAUGCAUUUCAGAAUUCGACAACCACCUGCAACGAAUGGGUGUAUGAUACAUCAAUGUUCACCUCCACUACUGUUUCAGAGUUUGACUUGACUUGUGAACGAUCAGGGCUUGCUCCCCUCGCUGGAUCAAUGUACAUGGUGGGUAUGUUAUUAGGAGCCAUCACCAUUGGUGAUUUUGCUGAUCGCUUUGGCAGAAAGCUGGGCAUUCUGUUGUCUGUGAUUCUCCUGGGUGGAGGUGGAGUUUUGAGUGCUGUGUCACCUAACUACUACAUGUUCCUCAUUAUGCGUCUCUUCACUGGUGCUGGCGGUGUUGGCCUCUUCCAGGUCACCUUUGUCUUGGCUGUUGAAUUCAUUGGUGCCAAAUGGCGCACAUUCUGUGGAAUCAUCAUUGAAGUGCCAUUUGCACUGGGUGAAGCUAUGACUGGAGUCUUGGCUAUCUUCAUCAGAGAUUGGCGUUGGCUUCAAGUUGCCGUGACUGCACCAGCAUUUUUGUUGAUUUCUUACAUGUGGAUAAUGCCCGAGAGUGUUCGUUGGCUAGUAUCUCAGGGCCGGAAGGAUGAUGCCAUCAAGAUCAUCAAGAAAGCUGCCAAAUUUAAUGGUAAAGAAGUCCCUAAACAUCUUUUAGAAGACCCUACCAUGGAGGUUCCAACUGUUGAUGGCACAUUGUCUGUGGCCAGCAGCAAAGCUGAGCUGGUGAUUGAUGAUGCAUCAUCACUUCUAAAGAAGAGGACAGUUUUCGACCUCCUCAGGACUCCAAAUAUGAGGAAGCGAUCCUUCAAUAUGUUUUACUGUUGGGCUGUCUGCACUCUGGUGUAUUAUGGACUGUCCUCCAACUCAGGGAAUCUAGGAGGCAACAUUUUUGUCAAUUUCAUCUCCACUAUGUUGAUCGAGAUUCCGUCAUAUGUGUUCUCCUAUCUCGUCCUUGACAGAAUGGGCAGGAAGGGCACGCUCUCCUUUGUCCUUUUGCUUGGCGGCGUCGCUUGCUUCGUAUCCGGAUUUAUCCCAGAAGACCUUGGAUGGUUGAUUGUAACUCUGAGCCUGGUGGGUAAGUUUGGAAUUGCUGCUGCUUUUGCCAUUGUGUAUGUCUACUCUGCGGAGAUCUUCCCGACUGAAUACCGGAGUGUGGGAAUAGGUGCCUGUUCCAUGUGUGCUCGAGUUGGAGGGAUCCUUGCACCUUUUAUUUCCAACUUGGCCAAUACCUAUAAGCCACUACCACUUUUCAUCUUUGGUGUCCUGUCCAUAAUCUCAGGCUGUUUAAUUGUCUUAUUACCUGAGACUGUUGGCUGUGAAUUACCACAGACUCUGCAGGAGAGUGAAAUGUUUGGCAGUGACCAGCCAAUCUGGUACUUUUCCUGUUUCGGCAAACGCAAAGACGAAUCAUCAUCAUCUAAACAAGGUGAAACCGAAGAUGACCAGAGAGUUUAACCAAGAUAGCAAGACUACAUUCAUAAGAAGCUUUUAGAAUGUUUAUUUUUCAGUACUGUAAUAGUCUUGCUUAUUAAAUAUUGAGGAAAAAUAAGUUUUGUAUACUGUAUUGCAGCAUACUGUAUUAUAAUCAUGCAUCUCUAUAAUUUUAUAAUACGAAGAGAUGUCAACCAUAAGUGUAAGUAUUAUAAAAUUAUAGCUUGUUACUGAAUAUGUAUUGUACAGUACCCGUCAUAUACUUCUCACAUUUAAGGAUUUCUUUUGUUUUGUUUGGGUCAUUUAGCAUUAAAAUGAUUGAUACAGUACGGUAAGUUGUGUUACACUCAUGAAAAUUUAGCUCAUUAAAAUAUGGCUUAAUGGGAUGUCAGGCCAAUGGGCCCCACUCACACUGCCACACACAUUUUUACAACAAUGAAAAGAAAAUACUUUUUACAAAAUUUACUACCCUUGGUUGAAUUAAUUGUUAUUUAGGACUAUAGGAUUUUUUGUUUUUUUUCUUAUUUGUAUGUGAAAGAUCUUGACAUGUUGACCUCAUAAUGAAUUUCAUUAUAAAUCUGAUUAUAAAAAUAAUGUGAUGAUCCAGCAGACUUCAUAACAGUAAUACUGUAUUGUACGUAACUUAUCACAAAAGUUUUUUGUUAGAUUUUAUGAAUGUUUGCAGCUCAUACACAUCUGGGUGAAUGAAAUUUAAUACAUACUCAUACAGUAUUUCAUGUUGCAAUGGAAUUAUUAAUUUAAGCUGUUACAGUAUAUAAUGAUGACUGGUUGGCCACAUCAGCAUUACAAUUUCAUGUGAUGGACAGGCACCUCGGACUACCUAAGCUGUCAUUUAGAAAGUAAUAUUUUCUCUAACACUGUCAGUUAUAUCUUGUGCAAAUACAUCUACCUCUCUUUUUGUCUCUGUGUAGCCUUCAUGUUUAUCCUUAGUGCAACAAGUAACUAAAACUUCUUUAUUCUUGUGGUAGCUAAACCAGGAUACAUUUUUGUUUCAGCAGUUGUAUUAAUUAGGAUUCCAUAUUAAUUAGUCUUGGAUAUUUAACACUUGAAGAUGUGGGUAUGCUCAAUAGUUCAAGUGUUUUAGUAAGGAUUCUGCCAGUCACCUUACACUUAAUACAGAAAAAGAGGUGUAUGUGUUGUAGAUAGCUACAGUAUAUAGGUAGGUGUUUGAAGCCAGAAAAGGAGAACUCUGUACAAUAUCUGUAAUUAGUCUUCCUGAAGGGUUUCUUUGUUAUAGUACUGCAUAGUUAAGUUUUAUAUAAUCAUUGAGUAAACUCUAAUGUGGAAAAAUGGAAGUAAAAAGUCAUCAAAAUUAGUGUAAUAAUUUUUUUAAAGAUACUUUUAAGAAUGUUAGGUAAAUUUUGUAUUACAGUACAGUACUUGUAUUGCAUUUUUAGUAAUCUAAAAAAAAUGAAAUUGUGAAAUCAUCGAGACCAAAACAGGGUGACCUGUAAUAUAUACGAUAUCUUAGACAUGUUUAUUGUGUUUUUAUACUUUUUCACUAUAUAUAUAUAAUGUAUUUUUGUAUAUCUGUCCUCUACCAGUGAAGCCAGACUGGGCAAUAGAAUUUCCAUCCCCUGCAUAUUCAUUAUUCUGUAUGUCCAUCUGUAUUUCUAUUUGUCCGUCCGUCCCAAAAAGUCAACGUGCAAAACUGGCAAAUACAUUUUUCAUUUUGUAUUAAAUACUAGAGCAAUGGGCCAUCAAUGUACACAAGAAUCUGUUUUUCUGUAUUAGGUAAGAAGAUUGCUGGUAACCAUCUGGUAGGGGACAAGUACUGCCAUGGAAUACUGCUUGUUAAUAUUAUUAUUUUGACCAUUCUUCCACAUUUAGGUUCAAAGUGAGACUAUUAUGACCCAUCAUGGAUUCUCAUUUGUAAACAUUUAUAGACAGUAUUUACAUUGUUGUGUAAUUCAUAUGCAAAGAAUUGCAUCUUUAGCUGUGAAACAAAAUAGAAUUCUUAGAAUAAACUUGCUAUUGUUUAAAUCAUAAAAUUCAGUUAUUCAGCCAGAAUAAUAAUAUAGCCAUACUCAUAUGUACUGUGCACCUGUAUUACAAUAUGCAUAUAUUGAAUGACCAGUGAUUAUUACUACAAUACAGUACAGUAUUAAAAAUUGAGCUGAAUGUAGGACAUCAUCAAUUCAUACUGAACAAACAUCAGCGUUAGUCAGACUAUAAAUUUUUAAAUCUUUGAUGGAGAGGAUUUACUCUCUAAAAAGCAAAUGCAUUCAGAUCCUCUGAUGCAGGAUAACUUAAUAAAUAGUAAUGUCAUUAUCAUCAUAAAAUAUUGUACAUGCUUGUCAGAAGAAGGUUGAGACAUUUUAA